AAUACCUUUAUUGAACAAACAGUUCACCAUGAUUGUCCUAAAAAGAUAAAAACCAAUAUCACCCGGAUUACAUGCAGGGCGUCCUUCAACAUACAUGAUUAGGACAAAACUUGGGUCUAACAUCCCAAAUCUCCAUAGAUCUUGAAAGAGAAAGUUCGUGGUACCGUCCUGAGAAAACUUCGGACAUGGAGUACAAUUACCUCGGCCGCUCGGGACUUCGUGUUUCCAAUAUUUGUUUGGGUACUAUGACAUUUUGUCAACCACAGAUAGGGAAGUUAGACAAAGAGGCAUCACAUAAGGUUCUGGACCGGUUUGCCGCUCUGGGAGGAAAUUUUAUUGAUACUGCCGAUGUCUAUACUAAAGGAGUUUCUGAGAGUGUUAUUGGCGAGUGGUUGGUGCGACAACAAAGAGAAAAGUUCGUGAUAGCCACUAAGGUCAGAGCGGACAUGGGGGAGGAUGUAAAUAACGUCGGGUUAGGACGGAAACACAUCAUGGCGAGCUGUGACGCCAGCCUUAAACGUCUACAGACAGACUACAUAGAUCUUUACCAGGUGCACCACUGGGACGAUGCUACUCCUCCUGAGGAGUGGUUGAAGGCGCUCAACGAUUUGGUCACUUCCGGUAAGGUGCGAUAUAUUGGUAUGUCUAAUCUUUGUGGCUGGCAGCUUCAGAAGGUCGUGGAUAUCUGCAAGUCUAGAAAUUACCCGCCAAUAAUCAGUCUCCAGCAACAAUAUAGUUUACUUUGUCGUCAUCCGGAGUUUGAGGAAUUUCAAGUCUGUAAGAAUGAGGGUCUUGGUGUGUUGCCAUGGAGCCCAUUAAAAGGUGGAAUGCUGACGGGUAAAUAUAAGCGUGGGGUACGGCCGCCCAUGGGCGCUGGGCGAAUCGGGCUCGUUGCCCAAGACGAAUCCAGAGCAAUAGAGAUUGCUCCAGCUUGGAGUAGAUAUGACAAUAAUGAGGCCUUCUGGAAACUACUGGAAGGAAUGGAGAAGAUUGCCAAAGAACAUGGCAAGUCCAUACCUCAGGUGGCUAUCCGGUGGUUACUUCAGAAGGAUGUGGUUCCCUCUGUCAUCAUCGGAGCCAACUCUAUUGAGCACCUAGAAGACAAUGUCGCGGCUAUUAACUGGAAACUUUCAAAAGAAGAGAUGGAGGAGCUCGACACGUUAUCCAAACCAGAAACUCCGUACCCAUACGAGAUGUUAUAUCGCUUGAACAUCAACAGAGUGAAUUCCUUCUAUCCUCGCCCAUAUGUUGAGAACAAAUUAUAAAUAUGUAUAGAAAUGCAUUAUUACCUGUACAUGCAUAUGAAGAGAUGUGAACAAAUAAAUACGAUAUAGCUUGAGUUGAAAGCUGGAGUUC